UCUUAUAUCCAUCUUCCUUUCGACUUCAUGGCUUCCCUCCGACCUCUUGACCAAAUUUCUACCAACCAAAUUGAAAUCCCAGUGUACAACAAUACAAACCAAGCAGAACAAAAACAAUACCAAGGAGAAGAUGAUAAUGACCAAUUUGACUACUCACAAAGAGCACAAUGGCUCCGAGCCGCUUUGCUGGGAGCCAACGAUGGGUUGGUAUCCGUUUCAUCGUUGAUGAUGGGUGUGGGAGCUGUUAAGGAAGAUGUGAAAGCCAUGCUUCUCGCUGGUUUUGCAGGGUUAGUCGCAGGGGCUUGUAGCAUGGCAAUAGGUGAGUUUGUGUCUGUUUACACUCAAUAUGACAUAGAGAGAGCUCAAAUGAAAAGGGACACGAAAAACAGAAAUGGAAAUACAGAAGAGAGUGGUAAAGAAGAUGAGAGUGAGAAGGAAAAGCUUCCAAACCCAACACAUGCAGCAAUGGCUUCAGCAAUGGCAUUCACAGUGGGAGCACUGGUGCCAUUACUGGCAGCUGCGUUUAUAAAGGAGCAUAAGUUGAGGCUUGGUGUGGUGGCUGCUGUGGCUAGCUUCGCAUUGGUGAUAUUUGGAGGGGUUGGUGCUGUUCUUGGGAGAACACCAGCGGUGAGGUCUUGUGCUAGAGUACUUGUUGGAGGGUGGGUUGCCAUGGCUAUCACUUUUGGGCUAACCAAAUUGAUUGGCACAAAAGGAAUGGAAGUGUGAUAUAUUUACAUGAUCUAUUAUAUGCUGUUUAAAAAAAUCUGUUUCUGUGCAUCGUGGUUUUAGUAGUUUGCCGGUUCUGAUGUAAAAAUAAAAUGAAUUAAUGGUGGUUUUCUUUGUUUUAAGUGUAGUGUUUUUUCA